CAGACACACACUCACCGACAGAGCUGAUCAACAGCAAGUGACGAGUCUCAGUCACAUUUCCUUUGUCAGCGUGCGAGUCGGUCAGUGUUCUGUGUCUCGGGUGGAGUCAGCAGCAGCAGCCCGCCUGCAGCACAGCUAGCGGGAUGAAGGUCCACUGGGUGAGCUGCGUGUUGGGAUUCCUCUGCGGGCCUGCACUCAGGACCAUGACAGGUGAGGCGGUCGGUAACAAUUCAUCUCUCCUGACCACUUCCCAAGAGCCCCAGUCCAUCUCUCUGAUGAGAGUCAACUCCUCUGCUGAGAUCACCUGCUCCACAUCGCUGUCGGACCUCAGGGGCUUGUCCCUGCAACAGGGUUUUCCUGAAAUGAAAAAGAUUAUGUAUGUGGACAUUAAGAAUCGGCUAGUGAACAAGGAGACGCGCGCCGCUGCUUUUGCAGGCCGCGUUCACGUAGCUCCCCACCAGAAGAUCAGGGAGGGCCACAGCUUCACCUUUCGGCUGUCUCGGCUGGGACCGGAGGACACCAACGUGUAUUUAUGCAGCUGGAACUUCUUGAAAAAAGACAUGUCAUUGAUAGAGAAGCUGCACAGCCCUGGCACCGUUGUGAUCAUCAGGGAGAAAGACCCCCAGGAACAAUGCAAGGGCCACAUGUUUGAUCGCAUCCUACUUGAUCGCAUCCUACUUGCCUUGAGCGUGACAGGGUUGUUUAUCGUAAUGAUCCUCUGCAUCGGAGCGCUGAUUGUGAGACGCAAACGAUUCCAAAGACGCUUCCGACCAGCCGGUGCUGCAAUACCACCCAGGCCCAACAGGCCUCAGCUUGUCUGCCCUCAGCACCAAGUUCAACAUCGUCCGUACACAUCGUUACAUUCCACGGAUUUCAGAGGGAUUCUGACAUGCUGAGAAUUUGACGUGACUGAAGAGAUGACUUUGUCUUGUAACGGUUAUUGACGCCUGUCCAGCAGAUUUAGCGAGCGUAGGGGUUUGAAAUGGAUGAUUGAGAUGUCAUUUGAGUCAUUAGCUCGCCUGGCGGGCUCAACCCAGCAAAGGUGUCUGGCGUCUUGCUUUGCUGCUUUUCAAUUUCCUUUUAUACAAAAAAAUGCAUGUUUUUUUUGCAGGAGAGUGAUUGAGCUACCACAUCCUGGCUGGUGUUGGGUGUUUGAAUAUGACGCGUGUGAAGAGUGGUAGUGAUACAAACUGCGGAGCAAGGGUUUCAGUUAUUCUUUGUGUUGGAUUAAAUGUGUAUUGAUCUGUUGACUUGUGCAGUAGGCUUGAUGUGGUUUCUUUCCAUUUCCUUUGAACUUCAAUUUGAAAACACCACUGCUUUCGUAUUAUUUAAUAAAGUCCUUUAUAAAAUGG